GGAGAUGUACUUUAGUUGAUUUUGGGUAGGUUUUGACCCAAAAUUAGGUAGCGGCUGAUAAGAGUGUAGAUAAAAACAUUUGAAACAUUUUAUCAUCAUAAUAAGUGAAUUAUUCUCCGAUCAAAAAAAUUGUUUUGUGUAAUUAGAUUCGUUAAAGGUUAAGCUAUGACGGAACAGCAAAUGGAUUGUGCUCUAGAUCUAAUGAGACGACUUCCGCCACAACAAAUUGAAAAAAAUUUGAUUGAUUUGAUCGAUCUAGCUCCGGCAUUAUGUGAAGAUCUUCUAACAUCUGUGGAUCAACCAUUAAAAAUUGCUAAAGAUAAAGAAACCGGAAAAGAUUAUUUGUUGUGUGACUACAAUCGCGAUGGUGACUCAUACCGAUCGCCUUGGUCCAAUACCUACGAUCCACCGUUAGAAGAUGGAUCAAUGCCUUCGGAACGUCUACGUAGGCUAGAAAUUGAGGCAAAUCAUGCUUUUGAUCAAUAUCGAGAGAUGUACUAUGAAGGUGGUGUAUCGUCAGCAUAUUUGUGGGAUUUGGAUCAUGGUUUUGCUGGAGUUAUUUUGAUUAAAAAAGCAGGAGAAGGUAAUCAAAAGACGAAAGGAUGCUGGGAUUCUAUCCAUGUUGUAGAAGUACAGGAAAAAAGCUCCGGAAGAACUGCGCAUUACAAGUUGACCUCUACUGCAAUGCUUUGGCUGCAGACGCAGAAACAAACAUCUGGAACAAUCAACCUUGGUGGUAGUUUAACUAGACAGAUUGAACAGGAUGCACCAGUAAGUGAGAGCAGUCCUCAUAUUGCGAAUAUUGGUCGCAUCGUUGAAGACAUGGAAAACAAAAUACGCAAUACAUUGAACGAAAUAUAUUUUGGGAAAACGAAGGAUAUAAUCAAUGGACUGAGAAGCAUUCAAUCAUUAGCUGAUACAAAUCAACAAGCUGCGAUGAAAAAGGAUCUUGCUGCUGCUCUUCUACGACGAACUGGGAAAGGAGAAAACUAAAAGCCAUGUUUGAAAGGAGGAAAGGAGAAAACUAAAAGCCAUGUUUGUUAGUGUGGGCGUCAUCUUCGAUUGAGUAUCUGCUCAAAACUUCCAUCAUAAUAUAGUGUUACAUGCUGUGAACCGUUCUAUGCGCACUUCAUUCAAAGUAUGGCUUAAACCUACUAUGAAUACAAAAUGGCAGAAUUUCUUUCAAAUAAAAAUGAAUUUUUUGCGUUUAAAA